UCAAAACCUCUAACAACAAUAACUAAGUGGCGCCAAGAUUAUUGUGUUGUCAGAGGAAGUGAGAUGACCUGCAUACAGAGAUCACUGGAAGACGUGAGAAAGUUGAUCCAUCAUGCCAAGUUGAGUGAGGACGAGCUGCUUCCAGUGACCCAGAUGUUGGAGUUUACAGCAGAUUUUGUGGAGGACAAUAAUGAUGUGGUGUUGCUGGAACUUGACUCAACAUUGCUGGAGACCAUCAAGCAGGAACAGAGGACAGUAAUGAUAUGGUGCUGCUGGAACUUGACUCAACACUGCUGGAGACCAUCAAGCAGGAACAGAGGUGAGGACAAUAAUGAUGUGGUGUUGCUGGAACUUGACUCAACAUUGCUGGAGACCAUCAAGCAGGAACAGAGAGCUGUGUUGCGAGGGGACCUACAGGAAGCGGUAGUCCUGUGCACUAAGGACAAAACUUAUGAAGUGCGAAAGGCCGAGACUUCAAAUUCACUGGUGUUAGUUCCUGAGUUGUCAUUGCCCGGGAGCGAGGAAGCUGGAGACCGAACUCUUCAUAAUCGUCAGGUGUGUGGCAUCCACUAUACCUACUUGGAGGUGAGACCAUGUAAACCUCGUAUACAAAAGUUACGGGAACUGCUAGCAGAGGUGCCUUACUCUGGGCCACAGAGUGAAGACCAGCAGGGACAUGGACAAAGAAAUAUGGUCGUAACUCGAGUGGACGCUGCAACAUUCAUCACCCAUGCUUCACACCCAGUUUUGCUUUUUUCAGGCUUUUGGCAAAUAUUAGAGUUUGACUAUCGCUUCAAAGUUGUGUCUCACAUCCUCAACUUAAUAGAGUCUAAAUCAUGGCCAUUAGACGGAGUUCGUCGUUGUGAAGCCAUCAAGGAACUGAGCGAGCUGGAACCUCGCACUGUUAUAACACAGUGUUUUGAUUAUUAUCUGACACCUACUGACAGGGACACUGAUGAUGGAGAUACACUGUACACAUUACAAGAUGACAAGGUGUGUCGUCUCUGUGCUGAAGUACUAUUAAAGUCAGCUGAUAAGUAUAACCUCAAUGAAUUUCUCAACAUUUGGCAGCAGAGUGUUCCUGAAGGUAAGUUUUAAUGUAGUAAUAUUUCU